GACUCGGAACCAGACGCUGGGAAGACACGAUAGCGCUUCGUAGCCACAGGCGGCUGAUAUGGCUCUCGUCGGGUUUUUAGCGCUCGGAUUGAGUCUCAGGCGGAUACGUGGCCGUGGUGGUUGGGCGCCCUUGCAGAGGAUCCUCUGCCGGACUGAGACAUAGACUCCAGCAGCAGAUACCGUCGACCGUCCGGACGAAGCACCGAAGCACUCCAUUCCAUUUCCUUUGCUCCUCCUCGUCACUCCUCUGCGCUCUUCCUCCUCAUUCAACCCCAAGCUGCCCAACCAGGAUUAGCCAUAACCAACACACAAUCCCCGACUCUCUCAUUCGCACAUCACGCACAUCAACAUGUCUUCCCUCUUUGCACGACAGGCGUGGGCGGCUGUGUCCCGAACCAAGCCGUCAUCUCUCCGAGCCCCCCUCAAGGCCGCACCUGCUGCAUACUUGGCCGCCCAACGACGAGCAUUUUCCAUCUCGUCAAUCUGCCUGGAGAGGCGAUUCACAAAGGAGCAUGAGUGGCUGGAGUUGACGGGCGACAAAACCUACACAAUUGGCCUUUCCAAGCAUGCCGCCAACCAGCUGGGCGACGUGGUCUACGUUGAGCACCCCGCCGUGGGAGACUCGUUCGAGGCCGAGGAGCCAUUUGGCACCGUCGAGUCCGUGAAGGCCGUCUCAGAGGUUUUCACCCCCAUCGCCGGGAAAAUCGUCGAGGUCAACGAGACCUUGAAUGACUCACCCGAACUGGUGUCGGAGCAACCUGAGGAGGACGGGUGGCUCGUCAAGUUCGAGGCCGAGGACCUGAAGUCCUUUGAUGAGUUGAUGAACAGGGAGCAGUAUGAGGAGUUUGUCAAGUCUGAGGAGCACUAGAGCGAUGGCAAAAACGAGGAAAAGGAGUCUCCAGAGAUAUUUCUAUGUAGCAGACCCGCGAAUUUGACAAGCAUUUUUUUCGUUCA